AUGCUGAAAUACAGGUCUUUGCCAAUCAAGAGAGCAAUCCAUCAUCCGGCACCAGGAAUUACUCCAAUUUCUCCCCGUAUUAUGGUAAGCAGGUUGAGAGUAAUACCAUCUUUUAAUUUGAAGUUCAAUCGUUGGAACUCUUCGGUGCCAGAAAGCUCGAAAAAGGAGUUAAAAACGACAGACGGAAACCAAGAAAGUGCGAGUAAGGUCUCUCCAGUAAAAGAGAAGGAAAAAGUACCCUUUAAGGUUAAGAUGCAAAAAGCCCUUCGUCAUUAUUGGGAUGGUUCCAAACUUUUGGGGUUGGAGAUAAAAAUUUCUUCCAAAUUGCUCAUGAAGAGUGCUGCAGGCUACCCAUUGACGAGAAGAGAAAAUUUACAACUGAAAAGAACUACUCAAGAUAUCGUUCGGUUGGUUCCAUUUGCUGCUUUCCUCAUUAUACCCUUUGCUGAACUUCUUCUUCCAUUUGCAUUAAAGUUAUUCCCCAAUUUACUUCCUUCUACUUAUGAAUCAAGUAAAAAACGCGAGAAUAAACUAGAAAAUUUAAGAAACACAAGGAAGUUAAUGUCUGAAAUCAUAAAGAAUAACAAGUCCCAUUUUAAACCUAAUAAUAUUUCCGAGGAACAAAAAGCUUUGUUUAACAGGUUCUACACACAUGUCCGUGCUACAGGAGUGCCGGAGUCUCGUCAACAGCUAAUCGAAGUAGCUAGAUUAUUCACUGAUGAUACUGUAUUGGAUAAUGUGACAAGACCUUACUUGAUUGCAUUAGCGAAGUAUAUGAAUUUGCAACCAUUCGGCACUGAUGUGAUGCUACGUUACCGUAUCAGAUACAAAAUGCUUGAAUUGAAAAAAGAUGAUCUAUCUAUAUAUUACGAGGAUGCAGAACAACUCUCCCUCUCUGAAUUGAAAACAGCAUGCGCCUCCAGAGGUAUUAGAAGUGUAGACGUAGAGCCUAGCGUGUUAUAUUCGAAUCUAAGAUUGUGGCUGAACAUGAGGCUCAAGGAUAAGAUCCCAUCCACGCUGUUAAUCAUGGCUACUGCCUAUAACUACGGUAAUGUGCAAUCAAAGGAGUCAUUGUACGACGCAUUAUGUGACGUUUUAAUCGGUAUCCCUGAUGAACUAUACCAUGAGGUUAAAGUAAACGUCGUUAAGGAAGAUGAGGCAUCCGCUAAGCAAAAAUUGAAACAAUUGAGGGAGCAAGAAGAAAUUAUGAAGGAAGAAGAGCAGCAAGAAGAGAACGCCAUUGUGAGCGUCAAGGAUGAGUUGAGCUUGGACGACCAAGACAAGAACAUAGAUGCGGCUGCUCCAGACGUAAAACCGCAUGACACCAAGCCUAUCGGAGAAGCCGCUGCCAUCAAAGAGAAGUAA